ACGUGUUUUAUUUCUGAUUAGUUAGCAGUUGAAAACAAAAUGUGGAAGAAGUUUAUUUGUGCUCUAGUGCUGGCGGCCUUUUUGGGCCUGCAGACGGUUAACGGUCUGUAUUGCUACACCUGCGAUUCGCCGAGCUCCUGUCGUUCGCCCACCUCACAGUACUGCGACGUCAACACUGCCAACACGACCAGCGCUUGGCUGAGAAGGCUUCACAGUAAUGUUCCAAGAACCGUGGGCAAUAACUUCAAGUGCCUGAAUCUAACAUAUUACUACCCCCAAAACAACGUCAAAACCCAAGAGAUUCUGGGUUGCUACUAUAGUUCUAUACCAGUUUGUUAUCUUAGUCUGAACGCGACCAACAGCUAUAACUGGGCUAAGUCCUGUUACACGUGUGGCAACGACAAUUGUAAUCACCGCAAUCCGGCGGGAACUCUUAGCAAGAGCAGCUUUACCAUCAUGUCUUCAGCUUUGCUCCUGAUCCUAGCCAAAAUAUUCAAAUAAGGAAAUUUUAAAAUAAAAAUUAAA